AUGGCGGAUAAAUACCCCAUGGCAGAGGUCAUUGGCAUCGAUCUCUCCAAAAUCCAACCCGACGUGAUACCACCGAAUCUGCGUUUUCGAACCCCCAGGGAUUUUGAGAGCCCGUGGUUUAUGGGUGAAGACUCUUGGGACCUGAUCCAUCUUGCCAUGCUUUGCGGCAGUGUUUCAAGCUGGCAUGAAAUGUACGCUAACGUACUCCGACACCUCAGGCCAGGCGUUGGCCACAUCGAGCACGUCGAAAUAGACUUAGUCCCUCGCUGUGACGACGAUACACUUAGUCGUAAGGGAGAAGCACUCGAACAUUGGUAUGCUUACCUGUUCGACGCGACGCGACGUCACGAUCGCUCAAUUGCAUAUGAGCAUGACAAUCCAAGACAUUUGGAGGAGUGGGGCUUCGUUGAUGUUCAGCAUACAAAGAUCAGAAUACCCAUUGGUGAGUGGGGUCAAGACUGGCGAGAACAUGAAAUCGGAAGAUGGUACAGGGUUGGCCUAUGUGAGGCCAUAGAAGCUCUCAGCCUCGCUCCUUUCACAAGACCCUCCUACAACUGGCCAAUCGCAGACGUGAAGAGAUAUCUUGGCGAAGUCGAGACCAUCGUCCAGAGAGCUGAUAUCCAUGCCUACCACGAGUUGCACAUUAUCACCGCGAGAAAACCUUUCCCUCACGAAGUCAACCAUGAUCAUAAGGCCAGUGGUGGGCAACAACAAAGGUGA